AAAAUGUGAAGAAAAGGGACAGAAAGAAGCUAUUGUGUGCAUUGAUAAAUUCAGUUAACUGAGAGUGUUUUCCAUGUUUCCCCUGUGUUGUGUGUAAAAUUAAAUGCCUCUUGGAUCCAGGAAAGCGUAUAAACACAGUUUAUUAAUAGAGAAGCAAGUUGCUUCUCAAGCGACACCAUUUUUGUUCAAUCCAGUGUUGACUCUCUGUUUAAAGGGAAACCCAGAGAAAAGUUAAAUUACUGUCGAUUGUUACAGGAUAUUUUAAGUUUAACCAUUAAUUUAUUCAAGUAUCUUUGGAUUUGAAAGGCAAAGGAUGACGGAUAAACCAGUUAUCUUUGUCAUUGGUGGACCUGGUUGCGGUAAAGGAACCCAAUGUGAAAAGAUUGUCUCCAAAUAUGGAUUCACACAUUUGUCAACCGGUGAUUUGCUUCGUGAUGAAGUUAAAUCAGGUUCAGAGCGAGGUAAAAGGUUAAACGCAAUCAUGGAAUCAGGUCAACUUGUUCCCCUUGAAGAGGUAUUAGGAUUAUUGAAGGAUGCAAUUAAGAAAAAUGAUUCUAAUAGCAAAGGAUUCUUAAUUGAUGGUUAUCCAAGAGAGGUUGAUCAAGCAAUUAAAUUUGAAGAGCAAGUCAGCAAAUGUACUUUUGUCAUUUACUUUGACGUCUCGGAUUCAGUUAUGGUUCAAAGACUAUUGAAACGAGGUGAAACCUCGGGCCGAAUCGAUGACAAUGAAGAGACAAUCAAGAAGCGCUUGGCCACCUUUCAUCAACACAGUGAUCCAAUUUUGAGCCAUUACAAGGACAAGUUGGUAAAAAUUUCAGGUGAAAGGUUGCCAGAGGAAAUAUUUCUGGACGUUUGCAAGGCGAUUGAAGAUAAAUGUAAAUAAAGGCGAAAUCUCGUUUGCUUUGUACUAGCGCAAUGUCACUUGUAUUAGCUGUUGUUACUCUUUCAAAGUUUAGUCAAUGUUGUCCUCAAUCAACAAGUUUAAUCACACUGUUCACCUUAAAUCAAUUUUUAGUUUGCAAACUUCAAUUAAUAAAAAAUGAAAAUCACUAAA